AGGUCAUCUUGCUUUUUGAGACAGCUGAGCGCACUUCAGUCAAUGCUUUCCCAUUCUCGAUUAACGGCGUUCAUCGCCACUCAACCUCGCACCCUUCUCAGCAUUCGUGCUACUACGUCCGCGUCCCGACACAAAUUCAGGAUGGCGAGCACCCAGGCCUCUGCGUUUGGUCUCAAAGACUCCAGUCUCAUCAAAAUGCAAGGAUUCGUGGAUGGAAAAUGGGUUGAUGCAAAAGACGGAGCGACUAUCAGCGUAACUAAUCCCGCUACGCUCGAAGUGCUCGGGACAGUCCCCGAGAUGGGUUUAUCUGAAACAAUGGAAGCUAUCGGGGCUGCUUCGAAGGCAUUUCCUGCGUGGAGCAAAACUACCGCCAAGCAUCGACACGACAUACUGAUGAAGCUCUUCACGCUCAUGCAAGAACAUCACGAUGACUUGAGCAGGAUAAUUACCCUGGAAAACGGGAAACCACUCAGGGAGGGAAAGGGUGAGAACGCCUACAGCGCUUCGUUCAUCGAGUGGUAUGCUGAGGAAGCUGUGAGAGCGUACGGAGAACAGAUUCCUUCAGCCAGCAGUAAUAUCAGAAAUCUUGUAAUCAAGCAACCAGUCGGUGAGUUUUUCGUCUCCAUUCUUACACCCUGGAACUUUCCUUCUGCUAUGAUCACACGAAAGUUAGGCGCGGCUCUAGCUGCCGGAUGUACGGCUGUGAUCAAGCCCCCACCAGAAACGCCCUUUUCGGCACUCGCUAUUGCAGAGCUCUGUCGUCGUGCCGGUGUUCCUGACGGCGUCGUCAAUAUGGUCACUACUGAGAAAAAUGUUGCUACCGUUGGGAGGGAGCUAUGCGAGAAUAAGGCUAUUAGAAAAAUAUCUUUCACAGGUUCAACGCCUAUUGCAAAACUGAUUUAUGGGCUAGCUGCGUCGACAUUGAAGAAAAUCUCCAUAGAAGCAGGAGGGAAUGCACCAUUCAUUGUGUUUGACGACGCUAACAUUGAAGAAGCUGUCGAAGCUGCGAUCCUUUGCAAGUUCCGUGGCAGUGGUCAAACAUGCGUUUGCGCUAAUCGGAUCUACGUGCAAUCCAACGCCUAUGCGGAGUUUGCAUCACGCCUGACGGAAAAGGUGGCUGCUUUCAAAGUUGGAAAUGGUCUGGAUGAGCAGACUACCCACGGUCCACUCAUUCAUGCUCGGGCCGCGGAGAAAGUCGCGCGUCACGUCAAUGAUGCCGUGUCAUUAGGCGCUCAGGUCCUGAUAGGCGGCAAGGGCAUUCCCGAUACCUCGUUUUACCUUCCCACAGUCUUAUCUGAAGUACCCGCCAACGCCAUGCUGAACAGUGAAGAAACGUUUGGUCCUUUAGCGGCACUACAACAAUUCGAAACGGAGGAGGAAGUGGUGAAGUUAGCGAAUUCGACAGAUGUCGGACUUGCUGGCUACUUCUUUUCUCGAGACGUGGGCAGAGUGUGGCGAGUUGCCGAAAAGUUACAAGUAGGAAUGGUUGGUGCGAAUACCGGUCUCAUAAGCCAAGCUGUCAUUCCAUUUGGUGGUGUCAAGGAAAGUGGUCUCGGAAGAGAAGGCGGACCCCACGGCAUAGAUGAGUACCUGAACACGAAGCUAAUUGUUUUCGGUGGAUUGGGUAUGUAAAGGAUUGAAUAGGACGGCGCCGUGAUCCACGAACUGUUGUAAUUUUGCUUAUGGCAAGCUUUUGUACUUGUACGCUGACUAGUAGCACCUGACAAUCGAAACGAGACCUGGACCCGUA